ACAUGGCUGCUUACAACUCCAGUAACCACUGUUUUCAGUAAACAAGCCGCAUUAAUACCCGAAUUACAAAGCAAUUACACCAUCUCGGCGGUGAUUUCCGGCCAAAUCAAGUAGAAUUUUUUCUCUGCAUCGUCCCGUUCUGAUCCAAAGAGGUCGAGAUGUGUGAUCUCACUGAGGUUCAGUACCUGCCUGAUGAGAUUGUUUGGGUCAAGUUGGGCUCCUGCUGGUGGCCGGGCGAGGUCAAGGACAUUAAAAACCUUCCUGAGGACAUGGUUCGGGAUUUCAAGAAAAAGCCCUUGGCGAUUGUCAAGUUUUUUGGAGAAGAUACUUAUGAGUAUGUGAAAAACCUGGACAACAUUUACCACUACAAUAACAGGCGGAAGAUGGAGUUUAUAAAAAAGGGAAUGGAUCUUUACCGCUCCAAAAGUAAACAAGGCAUAAAUGUGAUGGACAAGUUCCCCACAGAUGUGGUCCUAGCUGAGUCGUUGUCAGGGGGAAACGUCAACAUUCUGAAGUCUCCUGCAUUUAUGCCCGAAGAAAAAGUUGACUACAGAGAGUUGUUCGAGUCUCCGAAAAAGAAGGGCAAGAAAAACGAAAAGCAGGGGAACGUCGGCCGGCCACGGUUGGUGGACAAGGCGGCCACCAGCUCUCCGAAAACGUCCUCGGCCAUGGCCAAAGCCAACAACAUUAUCCAAAUCAAGCAGAGGAUUACGCACCGUCGUUUUGUUAAUGACUCCGACCACGAAGUCCGCAUUCGCCAGCAGCCAGCAACACACAAUGAAGGGGAGGUUAUUCAGCAUGCCUACAGAUGCCAGGAGUGCGAGUUUGGAACAAACCGUCAAAAUCUGUUCAUUCUGCACUGCAAGUCGCAUCGUGAGCAGCCAGGGACCAGCGCCAGCACUAAGGCUUCAAAAACUUCUGCGACUCCAAAAGUCCGAAAGUCAGCAUCUUCAAAAGCCACAUCCUCGACGCCUAAGUCAGCAACUCCUAAAGUAGCUUCGGUGACGAAGUCUGUGAAGAAGACAGAAAAGAUUCAAAAGAGUCCUUCGAAGGAGCAGGCGGAGAUGGUGAGGAAAAUAUUCAGUCCUCCAAAGAAGGGCAAGAGAGGCGCCCCUAAGAAGUUCCCCCCAAAGACGGAGGAAGAGUUGGCUAAAGAGAGGGAGAAAAGAAACAAAAUUUUGGCUGAUUGGGACGUGGACGAGGAAGAGGAAGAACUAGAGGCUAAGAAGUUAAAGCUGGACACAUCUGCUGCUGAGUCGGGUGGAGAUGAACCUUCCGAAAUGGAGCAGGACGGAGUUGAAGAGGAUGAAGAAGAGGAAAAAGAAGGAGAAGAAGUGGCAGCUGAAAAGGUCAAGGAAGUACCUGAGCCUGAACAAAAGCAAAAGGAGGAAAAGUCAAAGGAAGACAAGUCGAAGGACGCCAGCUCAAUUUACGACAUAAUUGAAGAGCCAGAAGCUAUUGCGCCACCUCCAGUAAGGGAGAUUAGAGAAGAGACCAAGAGCAAGGAGGAGAUUGCAAAGGAGAAGGAAAAACUGGACAAGGAAGUUGAGGACUUGCUAAACGAGACCGCCAUGCCCUCCUUGCCGGAGCUACCAAGCCUACCAAACAUUCCGUUGAAAAAGUCUGAAAAUGAGCAGAAAGAGGAUUUGGAGACGGAAGAGUCUUCUCCUGCUGCCACUCAAGUCACAGCUUCUCCAGCUGAGGCGAAACCUGCAGAGGCGGCCAAGACAAAUGGGGAGGCAACGGGAACCACCGAGGAGGCGGCCACGGUCACCUCUUCAGAGGAAGCUGUCGAUGCAAAUACGGAAACGGCAACUUAUGUUUUGGUGACAGUUGAUGAAGGUGGUUUCCACCAACUGAGUGGGCUAGAGGGCAUGGGCACUACCCUGUACAUUGACCCUUCGCAGCUUACGGGCUCAGGUGCAUCCCUGGACAAUCUGUACCUAGCCAUCGAUGAGGGAAGCAUGGCCCAACUUGACCAACAGCAGGUUGCUCUGCAAGUUGGAGGUGACAUGGCCAAAACGACCCAGCAGGACAUCUUGGCGGCCGCUCUGGCCAACACGCAGGUGCUGCACACGACGACUGCGUUGGACGCCCCCACCACCCAGGAGGCGGUGGUCAAGGUGACCAACACAACCCAAGCGCCGGUGAUGACCCCGCGUGUGGCCGAGAGCAUUUCGAAUGUGGUGGUGCAAAGCAAUGGUGCUGCGGACGCGGACAAGCCCGCCAGCUAAGAGCUCGGCCGCGCACAAACUAUCUCAUUGACGAUAGUGACUUUUCUACAUUGCAAAAAUUUCAUGAAGGACCUAUGAGAGGGAUUAAUAACUUAGUUUGUGGCGAGGGUGAAGCGCCACUGCCAUCGGGAGAGAAGGUGCAUCAUGGUCAGAUUUCAUAGCUGAAGAAGUGAAUUCCCACGUUGGUUGAUUGGUUUGUUGGUCGAGGACCGACAAGAAUUAAUUUUUUUUAAGAAAGUUUUUCUGUUACGCAUCUAUGUUGUAAAUAGUGUUUGUUCUAAAAAAAAAAUUACGGGCUUGGCAAGCCAGUCACGAUUAUUCUUAGAUCCUAUUUUUUGCAAUCACAAGUCAAUUCUGGUUGAGUUGCAAAUUUUAUCACUACUUUUUUUACUGGCCUGCCAUUCCUGUUAUUGAGUGAAUCAAUCGAUACCUUUUUGGUUUAUAUACGAGUUUAUUAGAGUGCUGCAUAUAUUGUGUAAUCAGUUAACGAAGACAUUUUAAUAAUAUUUAAUUUUGUUUUCGGAGCUCAUGACAAUAUUACUUUUUGCUUGUUUUUACUGCACAAAUCGCUAAGGUAGUGUUAUAUCUUCUUUAUGCUGCCGACUGAUAUCGUGGCUGCCUAUUUCUCUUUUUGCAAGUAGUUUCUUUUAACAAGCCUCCGUUUCCACCAGUCAGCAAACAUCACGAGUGUAAAACUAUAUUCGCACUGUUUUUUACACAAUUUUUAGCUCAAUGUGAUAAAAGGCAUUAUUUCUGCAAAUCCACAGCUUUUCUUACUUUCCAUUAAAAAAAGCAUAUGUACAUGUGGCAAUUUUAUAUACUAUUAUUAUUUUACUCUAGUCUGUCUGCUCUGAUCGCCUCCUAUUAAUUGCACCAAACGAAUACUUUUGCAAAAGGACAUAGUAACUUAUCAUUUAUUCAAAAGAUAAAAAAAAACCUGAGCUUUGUACUCUUAAACCUGCUAACCCUGCCUUAGUAGUGAAUCACUAAAUUACGGAUUUAUGAUUAAACUGCUUCUAUACAAGAUUGAGAUAUUUUGAAAGAAAAAAAAAAUAAU